GUAUGCCUGGUGGCCGGCUUUCACAUUUUGCAGACAGACGCCGGUUUUCGAAGCACGCACCAACGCAGCGGACACCGAGAUCAUUGUGGUUUGUCGUCGUCGUCGUCGUCGUCGUCUUGUUUGAUACACCUUCAAGUGGAUUUCCUCUUCUCAGCGGACAUUAUAUACCUACAGUUCGGUAAAUAAAUUCACGUUAAUUAAUUUCGAACUGCACAGGACGUACUGCGUUAUAAAUUUGAAGACAAUGGAAAGCCGAGCAAGGAAUACGUUCGUACUGCUGACAGUUGUAUUUGCUUUCGCGUUGCAAUGCGUUUCGGCUGAGACGAACUCCAAUAUCGCCAACUCUGCAGCACCCAACAAUUCUGCUCCCGCCAAUCCUACUCCCGCCAAUCCUGCACCCGCCGCCAACCCUGCGCCCGCCAACCCACCACCCGCCAUUAAUGUAUCGCCGCCGGCAGAAAACAUCGCCAAGACCGAAACAGCUCCGUUGACGAAUAACAACGUCUCGACUCAUAUUGUAGAAAUUGAAGUGUACUACGAAGCAUUAUGCUCGGACAGCGUUAAGUUUGUCUCAAACCAGUUAUUACCUACAUUUAAUAAGCUAGGCAAGUUCAUCAAUGUGACAUUUAUUCCUUUUGCUCAAGGAAAUAUCACCACUAACCCUGACAAAUCUUUAAAUUUCACUUGUAAGCGUGAAGGAGAGUGCGCUGCUGAUAGAGUGCACGCUUGUGGUAUUCAUAAAAUCAAAAACAACGAACAGCUAAUCAAAUUUGUGAAUUGUUCCCUGACUGAAGGAUACAAUAGUCCAAAUAAAACUGUACCAAUUGGCUUGUGUGUCAAAAACAGUAACAUUGAUAGUGCCGUCAUUACUGAAAUCACUGAUUGCGCCAAUAAUACAGAUGCUAAUCCAUGGUUGCAAGAGUAUGUGAACAAAUCUGCUGCUGCCCAUGUGAUAUCCGUGCCCAAAGUUGUAUUCAACAAGAAUUCUACUGAAGACUUCUCAUCAGCAGUACCUUUCAUGAAUGCCGUAUGUAAACAAAUUCCUGAUGAGUUGCAACCCGAAGAAUGCAAGACUAUUCCUAGUGGAUCAGAUACGCUUGUUGUUGGAGUACUACCAAUAAUCAUUGGUGCUUUCUAUUUCAUAAAACUGAUCUAAGUCUUAAUAUAUAAGGAUUACAAUAUUUUAAGUUUAUAUUUUAAAUUAACUAUUCAUCUUAUAAUCUGUUAGUUCUGUAAGCAUCUUUUUUUAUUACCUAUUAUUACUCAUUUACCAUAUCUAGAGUUGCCACGCCCUUAUAUAAUUGUGAUUAAAAAAGUUAGUGUGUAUCCAUUUGUCUUUUAGACUUACAUAGUAGUACAUAGUAUAUGGUAGAACUAUUAGGAACACGUCAUGAUUUGUAACGGACAUUUAAUUAUAUAAAAAAACGACUAAACAAAAAUAAUAUGUAUUUUUUUUUUAUAUCUGAUUUUCAAAUAAAAUGUUUUUGAGUGGUAGAAAUAUUUAUGUAAUAACCGUAAUAUUUGUAAGCAUUUCUAUAAGGAUCUAAAAUUAUUAUUAGUUAAAUUAUUAUUCAUUUAUUAUAUUUUUAAUCAUUAUUGUGAAAUAUUUAUUUAUUUUUUAUUAUGUGUACACACAAAUCAAUGAAUACCAAUUAAAUGCCAUAUAAAUUA